AUGAUCUUUUCCUCCACGCGACCGUGUCUUCAGAUUCCUGUAACCCUCCCCAUCUGGGACUUCCUCUUCGACUCGGAAUACUCGCCUCUGCGUCGCGUCCACCCGACCGAGCUGGGCGCCUUCAUCAACGCCGCAACCCACGAACGAAUCCGCUACGACGAAGUCAAAGACCACACGACUUAUCUAUCCACCGCACUGGUUCGCAACUAUGGACUCGAAAAAGGCGACACGGUAGCGCUGUUUAGCCCGAACACGAUCUGGUAUCCUGUUGCGAUGCUUGCGACGGUUCGCGUUGGCGGCAUUGUAUCGGGAGCCUCCCCUGCAUAUAACAUCGAGGAAACGACAUACGCUUUGAAGACUGCCAAGGCGAAGUAUCUGAUGACGGUACCCUCGUCGAUGGAAGUUGCUAUUCCAGCGGCUAAGAACGCCGGUAUACCUGCCGAUCGCAUCUUCCUACUGGAGGGAGAGGAUGACGGGUACAUGAAUGUCCAGGAGCUCUGCGACAUCGGAAAGAGCUUUGGUGAUGAUGGACAGGUCGCACCGUUCGAGUUGGCAGACGGCGAAACCAAUCGGGACGUAUGUGGAUUCUUGAGCUUCAGUAGCGGGACCACCGGGCUUCCUAAGGCAGUUAUGAUCGCCCAUCACAAUGUCAUCGCGCAGUGUAUGCAGGUGCAACAGCUCAUGUCGCCCGAUUAUAAGAAGUCACUGGCAGUCUUACCACUUUUCCAUAUUACCGGCCUCGUGCAUCAAAUGCAUCUUCCAGUCCUGUUAAAUACCCAGGUUUACAUGCUCCCGUCCUUCGAUAUGACUAGCAUGCUCGAAACCGUGGUCGACAAUAAGAUCACGGAGCUCCUGCUAGUGCCGCCGAUUUUGAUCCGACUCCUACAGGACCCCAACGCGAGGAAGUACGACUUGUCCCAUGUGAAAGCAUUCACAUCUGGAGCCGCCCCCAUCGCGGAAGAGUUGCUCCAGAAGUUGGAGAAUCGGUAUCCGGGGACUGGAUUCAAACAGGGAUACGGCAUGACGGAAUCAUGCAGUUGCAUCACGAUGCAUCCGCCCGAGAAACAAUCCUACCGGUAUGCCCACCGGGUAGGGACCAUUGUCGCCAACACAGAAGUGAAAAUCGUGGACCCGGAAACUGGCCGCGAGACGGGCUACAAUGAACCGGGAGAAAUCCUGGCGCGAGGGCCACAGAUCGUGAUGGGGUAUUUAGACAACGAGGAAGCAACGCGCAAGACAUUUGACGCUGAAGGGUGGUUGCACACCGGAGAUAUCGGAUUCAUGGACGAGGAGGGGUUCUUAACCAUCACCGACCGUAUCAAAGAGAUGAUCAAAGUCAAGGGAAUCGGUGUGUCCCCGGCUGAGCUGGAGGACCUGCUCCUUGGCCGGGAGGAUAUUGAAGAUGCGGCCGUAACUGCGAUCCCAGAUGAUUAUUCAGGAGAAAGACCGAAAGCAUACGUGGUUCUUCAAUCAAGCGAGAGAGAAAGGUUGGGCAGCGGGUUUGGGCUAGUGGACGUAGGCAGAGACAUAAUCGAGUACGUGCGAGCGAAGAAAGUGCGUCAUAAAUGGAUUGUGGAGGUGGAAUUUGUCAACGAAGUUCCGAAGAGCGCCAGCGGAAAGAUCCUGCGGAGAGUUCUUCGAGACAUGGAAAGGAAGGGAAGCUCUGGGAAGCGGCUGGUGGUGCGAGAUGAGAGGGUCAAAGCGAAGCUAUAG